AUUUAAUUACUGAUGAUUUUAUAGAAGAAAUUCUGUAUUUAUUAAAACAUACUAAGAUACAUUAAAAAAGGAACAAAAAAGACUAAGAGAGAUUAAAUAACUUUAUACUAAAGAAUUUUCAGCGAAAACAGAGUUAUAUAAUAUUUUGAGGUAGUGCAUUGAAGAUAUUAAGGAGGAAAUAAUUUAAGUAAGAAGUGAUGAGAGGAUUAUGAAAAAGAACAAAAAUAAGUAAGAAAAUUAUAUUAAGACUAAGUAAUGAAGAGGCUAAGAUGGAGAAGGAAGAUAGAGUAAAAUUGAUUGAAAAUCUAUUAAAACAUGAGAGAGUAAUUGAAGUUAUCAGCGAUAAGAUAUUUUAUGAUAAAAAGAACUAUGAUGAAACACUUUUGUAAUAAUAAUAUGAAGAGACAAAUUAUAAUGACGAAUAAUAUUGA